CGCCGCUGGGCGAGCCGCCGCACGCAGACGCUCUACCGCACGAUCUCGGGCCUCCACAAGUACAGCGACGCCCUCAAGCUGCUCUGCACGGCGGAGAACCCGUCCAUGACGUCGGCCGAGGUCGACGCGGUCGUCGACUCCAAGUUCUCGCUCGUCGUGGCCAUGCAGCGCCUGCCGUCCUUCACGGCCGAGGAGCGCGAGUGCCUCGACGAGCUCUUCUACGAGUUCCCGAACCUCCGGGUCGCCUACGUCGAGGAGGCGGCCGAGCGGGACGGCCGCGCGUUCUACAGCUGCCUCGUCGACGCGCGCUGCGAGGCGGACGGCGCGGGCGCGCGCGCGCCGCGGUACCGCGUGCGGCUCCCGGGCCACCCGAUCCUGGGCCACGGCAAGGGCGACAACCAGAACCACGCCCUCAUCUUCACGUCGGGCGAGGUGCUCCAGUGCAUCGACGCGAACCAGGACUCGUACCUCGAGACCGCGCUCAUGGUCAACUGCGUCCUCGCGGAGUUCAACGAGGCCCACGUGGAGCGCGCGGGCGGCGCGCGGCGCUGCGCCAUCCUGGGCUUCCGCGAGCACAUCUUCUCGUCGUCGCUCGGGUCCUGCGGCGACCUCGCGGCGAGCCAGGAGGCCGUCUUCGGCACGCUCGUGCAGCGCGUGCUCUCGAACCCGCUGUCCGCGCGGCAGCACUACGGCCACCCGGACUUCGUGGACAAGCUGAGGAUGAUGCAGCAGGGCGGCGUGUCCAAGGCCGUGCGGGGCCUCCACCUCUCCGAGGACAUCUUCUCGGGCUUCGCGACGCAGCUCGGCGGCGGGUCCAUCGUGCACCGCGAGUACUGCCAGGUCGGCAAGGGCCGGGACCUCGACUUCAACUCCAUCAUGUCCUUCUACUCGAAGCUCGCCCAGGGCAACGCGCAGCAGCUGCUCACGCGCCAGGUCUACCGGCUCGGCCGCUUCGCCCCGUUCACGCAGAUGCUCGCGAACUACGUCGCGCACUGCGGCUUCUUCGUGACCCAGGUCCUCAUC